GUAAAAAAUGACUACAUAAUUGAAGCGAUUAGAUUACUGGUCUCACGGUAAGGCGAACUGUCGCAACACCUAUGAUUUUACCUGCCUGAGUUCGACAAACCAACGCAAAACCUUUGCACCUUUUUACUUUCAACUUUCUCCAUUACUGAGGAUAUAUUGCUUUCAGACCCCAAAUACAGAAAAUCCUCGAUUUAAUACUUUCCGGCAGAAAAUGUUUAGGGUAAUUGGAAAUCUUCUAGGCAAAGUUAAUCUUCCUUUGACUGCUCCAAAAUCGGAUUUAAUCUCCCCUGUUGUUCAUGAACUCCAAUGUAGUAGAGGUUUUUCGACUGGAGCAGGUGCUUAUGUUGGAGAUAAGCGUAAUAUAGGGGACUACCAUCGCAGGCAACUCGCAGCCAAAUAUGAGCUGAGGCGCAAGCUCUACAAAUCACUGUGCAGAGAUUCUGAAGUUCCGGCUAAUUUGAAAGAGAAAUUCCGUUACAAGCUAUCCAAACUGCCGAGAAACAGUGCGUUCAAUAGGGUGAGGAACCGCUGUAUUUUCACAGGGCGACCUCGUGCAGUGUACGAGAAAUUUCGUAUGUCCCGUAUUGUUUUUCGUGAAUUGGCAAAGAAAGGCGAAUUGAAUGGUGUACAGAAAGCAUCCUGGUAAGUCGUCAUUUCUUUCGAUCACACAAGACGGACACACCCUCGUUCUGCUCUGGUUAGCAUCGCCUUUGCUAUCAUCAAGCAAUACAGUUACAUGCUAUCAUGCUGCUUUCUCGUAUCGUUUAUUCCUUGUGUGCACGGUGCACUUCCAUUGUGCUUUGUGAUUUUUUGGUUAUUUUCUUUUGCCUCUUUUUUUGUUAUACUUAAAGUGAAAACUACUAAAGCCGAUAUCGGUUUUUGGACAUAUUUUUCACUGGAAAUCUGGUUCGGAACAUCAUGUUUGUCUGUUCGCCUUUUUUAGUUGAAAAGUCGAGGGAAAACGAGAACGAAGAAAUAGAAAAAGCCUAUAAGAGGUGAAUCGUGAAGGAUAUGGAGAAUGUUACAUUUGCGUGUAUUGUAGAAGUAUUUUGAUUGGCAUUGUCAAUGAACUUUGCUAUAUUUUUCUAUUGCCAUUGGAAGUACAUUUUCUCUCCUUUCA